AUGAAGAUACUUGGUAUUUUCCUGACCUUUGUCUUCACUGUGUCUUGUGGUCCAUCAGUUUCACAGAAGAAAACAAGAGAAAAAACAAGAGAAAUUACAGAGAGAAAAACAGAAUGUUACCUUGUUCGUGGUGCUUGUAAGACUUCAUGCAACACCUGGGAAUACAUAUAUAAUUACUGCAAUAAUGAGCCCUGCUGUGUUGUACGGGAAUAUAUAAGGCCAGCCACUGAACCCAGCACUACUACAGCUUAUACUUCUGAUUCUACUACACCACACAACGCUACUUUGUAA